AUGCCGAACCAAAUCAAGGACAUCACCACCCGCGACGAGACAUCUUUCUCCUACAUAUUUGAGCAAAACGUGACUAUUGCACUCAAAGACCAGUCUGGUCUCGUCAGAUGCAAUGUCUAUCGUCCCAAGUCUUCCGAAAAAGUGCCUGUUCUCGUCACUUACGGCCCAUAUGGUAAAGAUAUAAGCUACGAAGCUUUCCACCCACAGAGCUUCAGCGAAGUAAAUCCCGAACAGCGCUCUGAGCACUCAGCUUGGGAAACUCCCGACCCAAAGUUCUGGACCAGCAAUGGAUAUGCAGUUGUACGCGCCGACGAGCGUGGCACAGGUCAAUCCGUCGGCAAGCUUGACACGAUGUCUCGAGGAACCAGUGAAGCGUUCUUCGAUGUCGUAGAAUGGGCUGCAGAGCAAUCCUGGUCAAGUGGGAAAGUCGGUCUCCUUGGAAUCAGCUACUUUGCAGGCAGUCAAUGGCGCGUGGCUGCACGUCAGCCCAAAGGGUUAUCUUGCAUCGUUCCCUGGGAAGGCAUGUCAGAUUACUAUCGAGAUCGAUGCCGACAUGGUGGAAUUCUCUCAAACAAGUUUAUCAAAUUUUGGUGGGAUCGCCAGGUCGUGAGCAACCAGUAUGGUCUUGCUGGUCGUGCAGCUCGCAACUGGGGCCCCGAUACCAUUGAAGGGGAUCUGUCUGCUGAAGAGCUUGUGGAAAACCGUCAAGACCAGACCGUUGAUAACUUGGACAACAAGUUUCGGGAUGAUUCUUACUAUGCAUCCAAGGAGUACAGCAUGUCUGAUAUUAAGGUGCCGCUGCUCUCUGUCGCCAACUGGGGCGGUAUUCUCCUGCAUCUCCGUGGAAAUGUCGAGGGAUACACACAUGCAGGAUCAGACCUGAAGUAUCUGCGUUUCAUCACAGGAAGACAUGACCUUCCCUUCUACUACAAGGAGGAGGUUGAACUACAACGCAGUUUCCUCGACGCCUUCUUGAAGGGAGAUGACCGUGCAGGCUGGGCAGACGGAACAGCCACCAAGGUUGAUAUGGUUCUACGCAAAGGUGACGUGGGGCACAACAACGCCGAAGGCGAGAGGACCUUCCCACGUCGACAGGAGAUGGAGUGGCCUAUUGCUCGUACCCAGUACACCAAGUACUUCCUGACAUCGCAAAACGAGCUUGUGACCACUUCGCCCUCUGAAUCACGUUCCACUAAGAUCUCCUACCAAGCACUGGGAAACCUUGAUGAUCCCCAGCUGGUGCAAUUCACCACUGCCGCCUUCGAAGCCGAGACUGAGAUCACCGGACACAUCGUUGCUCAUCUGAACGUAUCAAUGAGCGCAAACGCCGGGGCCCCAACGCCACAGGACAUCGAUUUGUUCGUUACAAUGCGGUACAUCUCUCCCGCUGGAAAGGAGGUUUUCUACACCGGAACAGCUGGAGAUCCUGUUCCGUUGUGCAAGGGCUGGCUGCGCGUUUCCAUGAGACAAGUUGAUCAUGAAAGCCCACGCAACCGUCCCUGGCUUCCUCACCGCAACUAUUAUUCCACUGAUGCUCGUCCUGUGAUUCCUGGUGAGGUUUAUGCGGUUGACGUGGAGAUUUGGCCGACGAAUGUUGUGGUCGAAAAGGGAGGGAAGAUCGUGCUCGAGAUCAGCAGUGGGGAUACACAGGGCAGUGGGAUUUUCCAACAUAACUCGCCUGUUGAUCGGUCCACUGAGCGCUUCCAAGGUCAAAAUCAUAUUCACUUCGGCAUUGCAGAGAACUACGUUACUCUGCCGAUCAUUCCAUCUGUUUGA